AAGAACACCUCAGAUAUCUGGUAGAGAAAUGUGGGAACAGAUAUCAUGUUCUCAACAAUGAGGAUAAAAGUGACACAACACAGAUCACUGAGCUGAUGGAGAAGAUGGAGGAAGUUAUUGCUGGAAACGGAGGCCGUCACUAUGAGAUGAACAGAAAGAGACUGGAGGAAGUAAAGGAGAGGAGGGAGAGAGCAACAGAGAGACUGAUGAAGGUGGAGAGACAAAGACAACACCUCCAGUCAUUGAAGGCAGCGAACUCAUCUCUGCAGUCAGAGUUCAGAGUUGUGUUGCUGGGAUACAAAGGAUCUGGGAAGAGUUCAUCAGGAAACACCAUCCUGGGCAGAGAGGAGUUUGAUCUGAAGAGAAGAAUAGCUCAGUGUGUGAAGAGACAGGGAGAAGUAGCAGGCAGACAGGUCACUGUGGUGGAGGCUCCAGGAUGGUGGAGGGAUGACGACCUCAUAGACACUCCUGAGUUCACCAAAGAGAAGAUUGUGCUCAGUGUGUCUCUGUGUCCUCCAGGACCACAUGCUGUCCUACUUGUCAUAGAUAUUGAGGAUUCUUUCACAACUGAAAAAAGAGCAAAUAUUCAGGAACACCUGGAGUUGCUCGGUGGAGUUGUCUGGAGUCACACCAUGGUGCUGUUUACCUGUGGAGACUGGCUGGGAGACACACCUAUUGAGCAGCACAUAGAGAGUGAAGAACACCUCAGAUAUCUGGUAGAGAAAUGUGGGAACAGAUAUCAUGUUCUCAACAAUGUGGACAAAAGUGACACAACACAGAUCACAGAGCUGAUGGAGAAGAUGGAGGAAGUUAUUGCUGGAAACGGAGGCCAUCACUAUGAGAUGGACAGAAAGAGACUGGAGGAAGUAAAGGAGAGGAGAGACAGAGCAACAGAGAGACUGAAGAAGGUGGAGAGACAAAGACAACAUCUCCAGUCACUAAAGCCAGGGAACUCAUCCCCACAGUCAGAGUUCAGAGUUGUGCUGCUGGGACACAGAACAUCUGGGAAGAGUUCAUCAGGAAACACCAUCCUGGGCAGAGAGGAGUUUGACCUGAAGAGAAGAACAGCUCAGUGUGUGAAGAGACAGGGAGAAGUAGCAGGCAGACAGGUCACUGUAGUCAAGGCUCCAGGAUGGUGGGAGGAUAUCAGCCUGAAAGACACUCCUGAGCUCACUAGAGAGGAGAUUGUGCUCAGUGUGUCUCUGUGUCCUCCAGGACCUCAUGUUCUCUUACUGCUUGUACAAGUAGGUCAUCCCUUCACAGAGGACAAUCAAAUAAAUAUCCAACAAUAUAUGGAGCUUUUUGGUGAGAGAGUGUGGAGUCACACCAUGGUGCUGUUUACCUGUGGAGACUGGCUGGGAGACGCAUCCAUUGAGCAGUACAUUGAGAGUGAAGGAUCUUUGCCAUCUCUAGUACAGAAAUGUGGGAACAGAUAUCAUGUUCUCAACAAUGAGAAUGUAAGAGAUGACAUGCAGGUCACACAGCUGCUUGAGAAGAUUGAGGAGAUGGUAGCAGGAAAUGGUGGAUGUCACUUUGAGGCUGACAAAACUCUUCUACAGGAAGUGGAGAACAAGAGAAGACACCUCAGUACAAGAGUGGAGGACAGAGAGACAAAAGCUUUCAAACAGGAGGCUUUAUUUAAAUAUGUCAUGGGUGAACUACAGCCUCUCUCAGGGACAAAAGUGAUGCUCCUGCAAUAUAUUGAGGAGUUCACUUCAGAACCAGACACAGACAGUGACAGAGGAGUCACGCUCCAGUGUGGUGAGGAAAUCAGGGGAGGCCGAGGGAUCACUGAAGUUGAUAUGACACCAAGUAAGAGAACUCUAGAAGAGACUAAAUUAGAAUUGGCGUCUCUGUGUGAUCCUGGUCCACAUGCAUUUCUGCUGAAAGUCUACACUGAGCUUCACUUCACUGAGAGAAGAAGGAGACAAUUCCAGACACAUCUGGGGCUUCUUGGAGACAGAGUUUGGGAUCAUGCCAUAGUGAUGUUUGACUCCUCUGAUGGCUUGUCUGUAGACAGGACCAUUGAGGAGUACAUUGAGAGUGAAGGAGAGGCUCUGCAGUGGCUGGUUGAGAAAUGUGGGAACAGGUAUGUUCACUGGACAGGUGAGGAGAGCUGGCCAGGUGUACUGAAGAAGACCGAUGAGUUAGUGGUUCGUAAUGGAGGAAGCCAUUUCCAGUAUGAGGAGAGGAGGAGAAAAGAGACCAAAGCAGCAGACUGGAAGAUGGAGGUGCAGCAGCUGGAGGAACAGGAGGAGGAGAAUGAGCUGGUGAAGAGCAGGAGAACUCCUCUCAUGGAUCAACCAGAUGUCAUCUCUGAAAAAACCUCUGGCUACGGGACAUUCAUCCCAGACACAGCAUCUGAAGCCCCAUCAGAUCAACACUCUCUGAUGUCAGGAGCUACCAGCUCUGGGAUUGGCUCUUCAACAUCUGGAAGACGGGGAGGUCACAAAAAGUUUGGCAAAGUCCCAGAGCCAUCCAAUUUUCAUGGGUCUGAAGUCAGUAGGGAAGAUUACUCUGAAAACACUUUUCUGGACCAAGAGGAUUUGGAUUCUGUAGACAAUCCUGACUGGAGGAGAGACAUGAGAGGAUUGUGUGAUAAUAUGGCUGAGUUGGACAUUUCAUCUGGCAAAUUUCUUCGUCAGUAUUUCAAACAAACAAACUGCUGCAAAUCCUGUGAAGACAAAGCUGAAGACACCUCACACUGGAUCCUGUUGGAACCCUCUGUUUCCAUGGAGACAGGAGUCCCAGUGUAUAAACACAUCUCCCCACCAGGAAGUUUUGAGUGCACAGUGUCUGGUUUGCGCUGGGUGUGUGCGGUUGAAGUCUCUCUGCAGUAUCACUUUAGUGACCCCCAUGUAUACGGAGCAGAGCUUGCCAUGUUGCAGUAUGAACCAAUUGGUCCCUUGAUGGACAUCAAACUGCUCUCAGGUGAACUGUUGGAGGCUCAUCUGCCCCAUUUUGCCUGUCUGGAAGCUUCAGAUUCCUCUCUUAGAGAGGCUGUGAGAGUUCUGCAUGGGGUCGACAGCAGUGUAACUCUAGAGAAAUGUGAGCUGACCCGCUUCCACGCAAAGCUCCUCAAGCCCUCCUUCUCACUGACAGAAGUCCUGGUGAAAAUCGGAAUCCCAAUGAAAGCCCAUCUGGACGUGUUAAUCUACCGGACCAGAGUGACACCCCUGGUUCUCCUCACAUAUGUUGUGCCACGGGAUGCAUCCAUGAUUCAGGCGGUAGAAGAGGAUUUACGAGAAACACAAGAUGCUAAGAAGAUCAAAACACAUCGACCGGAUAUGUCCAUUUGGAUGCACACAAAGUUUAGCCUGAAGUCAUCUGCCAGCCAUGCUAAAAGUUCCCCAUCAGAGAUCACCCUAAAAUACAUUAGACCUCCAGACUUAUUCCGGUUGGUCGUUGAUAAAGCACAUGACUGUUUUGAUUUGGAGCUGAUCAGUGAAGGGCAGUCUAUGAUAUGGAAAGCUACACUGGAAAGUUUUGAAUAUGGUGAAACUGGAGAUGUGGCACCCAGUCAUGAAAUUCCCUCAACAGCAUCCAGAUGUUCCCGAAGCGUGAUCCCCAGAGAAGCAGCUUCCACGAGCAGAGCUGCCCGGACCAAUGAGGAUGAAGGGAACAUGGCCUCCAUGUCAAACAAAGAUCGACUGUUCAUGAUUCGGCCUGAUCUCAUCAAGAAAACAUCGGGAGCUCUACUCCGAGAUCUGUUGGACGAACUCCAAGCUCAGCCUCCUGUGAUAAGCAGCAGGGAGGCAGAAGACGUCCUGCAGAGGACCAGUGUGCUGCAGGACCAGGUGACCUCCCUCAUCGACAUGGUGCUGAAAAAGGGGGACAAAGCAUGUGGCAUCAUGCUCUCCCUGCUGAAACAACUGGACAGCUACCUUUCUCAAGACCUUGGCCUGUAAAAACAAGCAUGUGAUGCCUUAGUGAUGAUCAUCAAAUUACAGAAGAGUUGAAGGACAUGGAACAUAAUGAUGCUGAAAUGUAAAUAAAGAAAUAAACCUGUGAGGUUAUAAUGUUGUCAGUAUAGUAAUUGCAAUAUAGUGGCAGCGCUGCCUAGUCUAUAUUUGGUAUCAGUCCAGUGCCUUGUGUAUUCCUGAUUGAUUGUUAUGUUAAUUAUUAUUAUUAGUAGUGUUAUUAUUUGCUUUUAUUGAGAGAAUUUUGGAUAGAUAUCAACAUGUUACUUUGUCUUAUCUAGAACGUAUAAUUUUCAUACCAGACACAGUCUGGGGAACUACUUCACAUCUGAAGUCAUGACACAACUAUAAUAUUGAGUAGUAGUGAUCACUUAGAAGUUCCCUGGAUACGUGCUUGAUAUGAACAUCACUUUGCAUUUGCAAUACUUUCUAUUUGUAUAGCAACAUUUUUGGUGUUUGUGGUGAAAUCUUGCAGUGAAUGAGUGACUAAGUAAAAUCACUGUUGUGUUUUAUUACCCCCUGGGUGGCUACCUCUUAGGAUAGAAUACAACAUGACUGAUCAAAAAGUACUGAUAUUAAUGGAAAUUCAAUGUAGACUAAUGACUUAAUA